AUGCUGGAGACGACGCAACAUAAACGUCGACGUGUGACUCGCGCUUGCGACGAAUGCCGUAAAAAAAAGGUCAAAUGCGAUGGACAACAACCGUGCAUACAUUGCACAGUGUACUCGUACGAGUGCACUUACAACCAGCCCAGCAAACGGGCUUCCUUGAGCCAACAACCGUCUUUUAACACUCCGGUAAAUUCAGAAAGCAAUGAAACGACAACGACCGGUGGCGGUGGUGCACCUUCACCUUGUGCUCGAACCUCACGUUCCAACUCGAAUUUCACAAGGCUCUCAAGACACGCACAACUGCACACCCUCACAAAAUACCAGACUUUUUUCUCCCAAAUUUUCCCACAGAUGGGUCCCAUAGAGACUCUGGACGUCAACGCCUUUGCUAAGGCGUUGCUGAAAAAUAACGGGUUCGCCAGAGCUGUCCAGGAAGUCAGCAACGAGCGUAAUUUUGGCUCCCAGGAAAGUCCGUACGAGCUGGAGUCUCCAGGGAUCGGUUUGGGAAAUGCUGGAAUGGCGGGCACAGGGGCAACCCCAGAGCUAAAUUCGGAUGUCAUUGAAGGUAUCGACGGCUCCAUACAAUCGAAAGAGGGACGAGAAAUCAAAAUUAUACUUCCUCCGAAAUCUGUGGCUUUACAUUUUAUCCAUGUAACGUGGGAGCAGUGUUGCGUGCUUUUCCGAUUUUAUCACCGUCCCAGCUUUAUCGCAACUCUGGACAAACUCUACGAAACAGAUCCUCACGAGUAUUCUCAUGAGCAAAUGCAUUUCCUGCCCUUGUGUUAUAGCGUGAUGGCUGUGGGUGCUCUUUUUUCAAAGUCCGCUCAAAAAUCUUCGACUGGUACUUCCGAGAACAGCACCAGCUCGCCGAAUCAAUUCAUGCAAGACGAAGGCUACAAGUACUUCAUAGCCGCACGCAAUCUUAUUGAUAUCACGAAUGCUCGAGAUCUGUAUUCCAUACAAGCGAUUCUCAUGCUUUUCAUCUUUCUACAGUGCUCGGCCAGACUGUCUACAUGCUAUACCUAUAUCGGUGCAGCGAUGCGGAAUGCAUUACGCGAAGGAAUGCAUCGGAACUUAAAUGCACAAACCCAAGACUACAACCCUAUUGAAAUUGAAAUGCGGAAACGUCUAUUUUAUACCAUCUACAAAAUGGACGUCUACGUAAACACCAUGCUUGGUUUACCAAGAAGCGUUUCACAAAGGGAUUUCGAUCAAGCCUUCCCGGCUGAACUGGCAGACGAAAACAUAACAGAAACUGGCCUUCAUUUUGACCAACAAGGUGAUAUUUUGUCGUCUUCAGGAAUUGCCAAUCAUCAUACUAAGCUCAUAAUGAUAUUAGAUAAUAUUGUCGCUGAGCUGUAUCCAGUCAAGAAGACGAACAAUCUCAUCUCACAUGACGUAGUCACACAACUUGAAAUCAAGCUGCGGCAGUGGUUAGAUAACCUGCCGCCAGAAUUGACUCCUGGCGUGAAUGACGUACCAGCAAAGUAUGAGAGGGCAAACCAGCUCUUACACCUAUCUUUCCUUCAAGUACAGAUUAUCCUGUACCGUCCCUUCAUUCAUUAUUUGUCUGCGAUACCCUCAUCUAAGACCGUUGACUCGCUUUCCAUUCAAAGGGCCCGAAAUUGCGUGUCGGUGGCUCGCACGGUGGUGAAGCUUGCUAAAAAGAUGAUGGAGAAAAAAACUUUGACGGGAUCGUACUGGUUCAGCAUAUACACCAUUUUCUUUUCGGUUGCUGGAUUGAUUUUCUAUUUGCACGAAGUUUCUCCUACCGAUGAGGAUGGAGAACAGGAGUAUAGCGAGAUUCAAACCGAUGCAGAAAUGGGUAAAAGCGUGUUACUCUAUUUGAAGGAUACUAGCAUGGCGGCUGCGAGGACGUAUAACUUGUUACACAUGCUUUUCGAAAAGUUCAACUCAAAGACUAUAAAAUGGAGCCAUGUAAAGCAAGAUCAAUACACGGCUUCAUUUCCUAAUAACGGUUCUAUACCAGAGGGAAACGAAUCGAUUAAUUUAGCGGAUGGGCCAAAUCCAUACAAUUUAGAAACGAGUAAUCUUGAUUUGCUGGCCUUUGAGAACCCUACCGAUAAUGCAUUACAGAACAACGCAACAUUGUCGGGGGUCAACACUAUGAACACGGUAAACACGUCUGGUAUGCUCAUGAAUAGAGACUACGAUUUUGGGGGCGAUGUCAUGGAAAUGGACAACUUUUUCGACAUAGGUGGUAGCGUGGAAUCUGACGACAAGUCUCUCGUGCCGCAGACAUCAGUCGAUGAUUCUAAAAAACCUAAAGACCCCACUGUUGAAGUGGCUGCAUCUGAUUCAUACGUUCCUGGUGCUUUCGAUCAGCUAGAGGUGCAGUUAUUUGGAAGGUAUUUACCGCCUUAUAUGUCUCAGUAG